AUGAAGAAUUCAUUCUUUUUGGAAAGUCCAAUAUUAGAUCUCGUCGCGAUUGCCCACGAUGACCUAGCUGUACUUGUUACCGCCAAAACAGAAAAGGGUUUAUACUUUGCGCAUCCGAAAGUGAGCGUGAAGAAAUCUGAAGAGAAGUCCAAUUCAACAGCAAAAACACCAUUCGCUCAGCUUGCGCCAGUGAAACCAUCGUCAUCCCAGAAGAGUGCAGAAGCAGCGUUACGACCAGCCGGUAAAGCCGCCGCGAUGCGUCUACUUGAAGGACCAGCUCACACUCUUCCUCCCAUAUCACAUAUAGCGCCCCUAUUUAUUUCCCAUUGCCUCGCUCCUCCUCUUCAAGAAUGA